AUGGCGAAGCCACGCCCGUUGACAGAGAUACCUCGAUUCCUCCUACCUCGUCUUUCCUGGACAAGUGCCACGACCCAGAUCAAUCCUCCACAAAGACAUGCGCUACGAGCAAUCACGCAGGGUAGUAGCAUAGCGCAGACUAGACCGUUCAGCAGCGGACAAAUUGCGCAAAACGCAACAACGGCGACCGCAGCUACAACUUCUGGGCGAGACGCUAUCCGACAUAAUGGUGUCUAUGUUGCGGCGAGUAGAAAUGCGCGACGAGCGUUCUCGACGACAAUUGUUCGAAAGAAAGACCACCACUUUGACACGCUCAAAUUUGUGCAACGACUCCGUGGCGAGGGCUUCUCGGAGGAACAAGCCGUGGCUAUGAUGCGCGUGCUGAACGAUGUUAUAGAAGAAUCGAUCCAGAACCUCACACGCACAAUGGUGUUGAAAGAGGACGCCGAACGCAGCACGUAUACACAGAAGGUCGACUUUGCGAAAUUGCGCAGUGAACUCUCCAAUGCCGACAGCACAGAAGCCCAGCUUACCAGAUCAAGCCAUGAGCGAUUGACAAGUGAUCUGGCCAAGCUGAACUCCAGGCUUCGAGACGAGAUUGGACGCACUCAAGCUAGCGUUCGGCUGGAUCUCAAUCUGGAGAAAGGGAGAAUCAGAGAAGAGGCAAGCACUCAAGAGAACCGAAUUAAGGAAACAGAGGCUCGAAUUGAACAGGAAGUAGCCAGCUUGCGGGAGCGUAUUGAGCUGUCAAGUUCUCUACGGUGCAGUGGUUGA